GCGUCCAUGAAAACGUGUAUUUCUAGUUGUUUUACAACUUUAUUUAAAUUUAAGCCACAGGCGUCCUCCUAUAAUCUGUCACAUAAUCUAAUAUGUAGAUCGUACGCGAGAGGAGUUCGAAGGCGUGUCGAAAAUAUGCUUACACCAGAAAUGGAACGCGAAAAACUUGCAGAAAAGGGGAUUUCAGUGGAAGACCCCUCUCAGAAUCCUUAUUUAUCCUACAUACCUACAGAUCCCGUGCAACAAAAUAUCAAAAACUCAACCAAUAACAAAAUUGGAAAGAAAAAAUCCAAACAUGAAGAUCAAAUGACUGUCGAAAAAAUUAAACGGCAAAAUAAAAUGUUUGAAUCAGAAGUCAAAAAUACUAAAUCCAGUUCAAAAUACCAAUAUGAAAAGUUGGACGAUGGAGAUAAGAGAUUUGGUAAAACCAUUCUAGCCGCCAAAUCCAAGCCGCAGCGCGAAGAGAAGAAGAUAAUAUUAUUAGAAGGUCAUAGGUUAAUUAAUGAUGGGUUAAAAGCUGGUGGUGUAAUGAAACAGUUGUAUUUUAGUGAUGUUAAGCUGCUAUCGGACUUACGACAAGAAUCUUUAUCGACAACACCACUGUAUAAAAUUACUUAUAAGCAACUCAAAAUAUGGUCGGAUACCCAAUCACCAUCUGGUCUUAUUGCUAUAUUUGAGAAACCAAAUCAAGGACAAGCAUUAAGUUUACCUGAAGAAACCCUACCUGUUACCUUGAUAUGUGAUCGUGUUCGUGAUCCAGGUAAUAUGGGAACAUUGAUCAGAACAGCUGCAGCAGUCGGAUGUCGGGCAGUCAUGACCGUUAAAGGUUGUGUGGAUGCUUGGGAACCGAAGGUACUUCGUGCUGGUAUGGGCUGCCAUUUUAAUAUUCCAAUAUAUACUGGCUUCACCUGGGACACCGUUUCAAACUAUUUUAAUUCCUCAACUCAAAUUUUCAUAGCUGACACGAGACAACCUCAAAAAAUCACCAGAGGAUUGGACGAAAAGAAUGUUGAUUUAUUUCUAGAUCUGGCAGAAACCGUUACGAUUGAAGGUUCAGAUGUGAAUAUGGACGAACACCGUGAAGAUGACCAUGAUGUAGAUGAUGAUGAAUCAGAAGAUCGCAUGACUAAAUCAAUGAAGAAACUUUACAAGAAAACGCCCCUUCCCAUCACUAGCUAUGAUAAACUUGACGUAAACUCUAAUGUGGCUUUAAUCAUUGGUGGUGAAACUGAAGGCGUCAGUCCAGAGGCUAAGAAGAUGGCUUUCGAUCGGUUUGGACACAUUGUGACCGUUCCUAUGACUAAUGUAGUGAAUAGCUUAAAUACGUCUAUUGCAGCGGGUGUUAUUCUCUAUGAAAUUAAAAGACAAAUGGACCUGAACAGAGCGAAUGACCAGCAUCCAAAUAUCUCGCACAGGGAAUGAAAUAAUGUGUAAAAAGACAAAUAGGUCUGAUAAAUGCAAAUGACCAACAUCCAAAUACUUCACACACAGAAUAAGAGAAUGUGUUAAUAUUUAUUUGUGAAAAAAACAAUUAAUCUUUUUUGUUCCCCCUGCCUUUUCGGUUUGUUCAUCUGUCACAAUAAAUAUUCUUUUGUAAUGUAUAAAAAAACAAAUAGGUGUGAACAAUGCAAACGACCAGCAUCCAAAUAUUUCACAUACGGAAUAAGAGAAUGGGCAAAUAUUUAUUUGUGAAAAAAACAAUCUUUUUUGUCACCUGCCUUUCCGGUUUGUCUGUCUGUCACAAUAACUAUUCUUCUGAUUGAUGUAGAAUGUUCACACUGGGUGUGGCUGAUUUGACCGGGUUCGAUGAUGAGCAUAAUCUGAGCUAAGCUUUUUGAUUGGUCAAGGCUUUAGUAAACACAACUUUGAAUCUAAUUAAUUAAGAGUUAUGAAACUUGUUGAAAAGUUUAAUUACGUCAACACCUUGACUAUGUUUAAUAAUUAGCAUUUAUUGAUUGGUCAAGACUUUAUAAAGAUAAAUAUGCAUGUAAUUAACAAGUGUCUUCUAUUUAUUUUACAUUAAGACGUGCAGGAUGGAGGGCCUGACAAGAACGGCUGUCUAGUCAUUCAGAUUGGACGAAAAACCGAGGUCCUGUGUAUACAUUGGUGUUGGAGUAGGCCAUAGUACCGCUGCACGGCCAGAAUUUCCCUCAUAGCACACUGUAUGGUGAAUGCCCGCCUUCAUUAGCCCAGUAUAGAAGCAGAACGGUUGACUUUUACAUUCUUCACUUGAUGUAGAUGAAAUAAAAAUGCUAAAUAAAAAAUCAAUCAAUCUGAAUAAAACACAGAUCCUAUUCGCAUAAGGCAUAUUUCAAACUUUUGUUCGUAUGUGCGAGUAGAUAACUUCCAUUUUGUUGCCAUAUUUGAAAAAUGUCCUACAUUUUCACGGAAAGUGACUCGUACAGCAGACAGCUAGUUUCGAAUUUUCCGGGAAAAUUCUAUUAUUGCGUCGUGUCAAAUAGGCUGAUUGGAGUCAAAAUGAUAGAGGGAAGUAUUUUGGGGCUCUGUGCAUGGAAUAGCUGACCAUGUUUUAGACCAUCGGGACGAAACUGACAGUGAAAUUCUGAACAUACUGCUGAUCUGACUUAGACGAAGGAAAAAAGCCGGAAUUGGAUCAAAUGGACCAAAGAUUUUGAUCCGAGUUGAACAAAGAUCCGACUUACACGCAGAAAUUUAAUAAGAAAAACGUGCUGGAUCAAAGGGUCCAAAUGAUUUUUUCCGAGUUGAGCAAAGUUUCGACUUAUACAAAUCUGACUUGCGCGAGGUUUACUGUAGGUAAAAAUUUCUUUUACUUAUCUUCACUAUACUAGGAUCUUGAUGAUU